AUCUGCGGGAUUUGGAAUAUAUUAUCCUAAUUUUUUUGUUCACGUGUUAAAGGUGAAUAAUUUAUAGCUGAGAGCUUGUGCAUGUUGCUCUCUCUUGACCGGGUGGUGCAGGAAAAUGGCGUCAACCGAUGUAAAGGAUGCCCAGCCUGGUAAUUCAGACAGCUACGAUGUGACGAUCAAAGACAGCAAGACUGGGGGGAAGAAGUCAAAAAAGGCAGAGUUAGAUGAUUUGAAAAAGGAAAUUGAAUUUGAUGAUCACAAAGUCCCGAUUGAGGAACUGGUCGACCGACUUGGAGCAGAUGUCGACACUGGAAUGUCAAAAGAGAGGGCGGCAGAAAUUCUUGCCAGGGAUGGUCCCAAUGCCCUCUCCCCGCCUAAACAAACUCCAGAGAUAAUCAAAUUCUUGAAACAGCUGUUUGGAGGUUUCUCCAUGUUGCUGUGGAUAGGUGCUGUACUUUGUUUCCUUGCAUAUGGUAUCAGAGUUGCAAGAGAAGCAGAGCCAGCAUUAGAUGAAUUUUACUUGGGAUGUGUGUUGGCAGGUGUAGUCAUUAUCACAGGAUGUUUCAGUUAUUACCAAGAAGCAAAAAGCUCCAGGAUUAUGGAAAGUUUCAAAAAGAUGAUUCCUCAAGAAGCUCUUGUGUUAAGAGCAGGGGACAAACUAGUGAUGCCAGCUGAAGAUGUUGUCCUUGGUGACAUAGUUUUUGUUAAAUUUGGGGAUAGGAUUCCUGCAGAUCUUAGGAUUCUAGAAGCUAAAGGUUUCAAGGUAGACAAUUCAUCUCUAACUGGUGAAUCAGAGCCUCAGCAACGUAGCCCAGAGUUCACCAAUGAUAAUCCUCUAGAGACCAAGAAUAUUGCCUUUUUCUCGACAAAUGCAGUAGAGGGAACAGCAAAGGGUAUUGUUAUUGCAACUGGAGACAGAACUGUCAUGGGCAGAAUUGCACAUCUUGCUAGUGGACUUGGCGUGGGCAAGACACCAAUUGCAAAGGAAAUUGAGCAUUUCAUCAACAUUAUCACUGGUGUGGCAGUCUUCCUUGGUGUCAGCUUUUUCAUCAUCUCAAUCAGUAUGCAGUAUGAAUGGCUGGAGGCUGUUAUCUUUUUAAUUGGUAUCAUUGUUGCUAAUGUACCUGAGGGUUUGUUAGCCACUGUCACUGUCUGUCUGACACUUACUGCAAAGAAAAUGGCUGCCAAGAACUGUCUAGUAAAGCAUUUAGAAGCUGUAGAGACCCUUGGAAGUACAUCAGUUAUUUGCUCAGAUAAAACAGGAACACUCACACAAAAUCGUAUGACAGUUGCUCACAUGUGGUUUGAUAACACAAUUAUUGAAGCUGACACGACAGAAGAUCAAUCUGGAGUUGCACAUGAUAAGGGAUCCCAAACAUGGCAAGCACUUGCAAGGAUAGGAACAUUGUGUAACCGUGCAGAAUUCAGGACUGGAGAACAAGACAAGCCAGUUUACAAACGUGAGUGCAACGGAGAUGCAUCAGAGACUGCCAUCUUGAAAUUCACAGAGCUGUCAUUUGGCCAUGUCAUGGACUACAGAGCUAAAAACAAGAAGGUCUGUGAAAUUCCAUUCAAUUCAACCAACAAGUACCAAGUUUCGAUUCAUGAACAGGAAGGCGAUGACCAAAGAUACAUUCUUGUGAUGAAAGGUGCUCCAGAGAGAAUUCUGGAUAGGUGCUCAUCCAUCUUGAUAAACGGGCAGGAACAGGUACUGGAUGAGACUAUGAAAGAAGCAUUCAACAGUGCGUACCUCGAACUUGGAGGUCUUGGUGAACGUGUACUUGGAUUCUGUCAUUACUACUUGCCAGCUGAUCAAUACCCACGUGGCUACGAGUUUAUUGGUGAUGACCCACCAAACUUCCCAUUAGACAAACUCUGCUUUGUUGGUUUGAUGUCCAUGAUUGAUCCCCCAAGAGCAGCUGUACCUGAUGCCGUAUCAAAAUGUCGUAGUGCUGGUAUCAAAGUUAUCAUGGUAACUGGUGACCAUCCUAUCACUGCCAAGGCUAUUGCCAAGGGUGUGGGUAUCAUCUCUGAAGGCACUGAAACCGUUGAAGAUAUUGCACAGCGACUAAACAUCCCUGUUGAAGAUGUGAACAAGAAGGAGGCAAAAGCUUGUGUCAUGCAUGGAAGUCAGUUGAAGGACCUCUCCGCUGAUGAGCUUGAUCAGUUACUGAAGCACCAUACAGAAAUCGUGUUUGCCAGGACAUCACCACAGCAGAAGUUGGUCAUCGUUGAAGGGUGCCAGAGACUCGGUUCCAUUGUAGCUGUAACUGGUGAUGGUGUUAAUGACUCCCCUGCCUUAAAGAAAGCCGAUAUUGGUGUUGCUAUGGGUAUUUCUGGAUCUGAUGUCUCAAAACAGGCCGCUGAUAUGAUCCUGCUUGAUGACAACUUUGCUUCAAUCGUCACAGGUGUAGAAGAAGGUCGUUUGAUUUUCGACAACUUGAAAAAGUCAAUCGCAUACACAUUGACAAGUAACAUUCCUGAGAUCUCACCAUUCCUUAUGUUCAUUUUGUUGGCAAUCCCACUACCUCUUGGAACAAUCACAAUCUUGUGUAUUGAUUUGGGUACUGAUUUAGUACCUGCCAUUUCCCUUGCUUACGAGAAAGCUGAAACUGAUAUCAUGAAGCGAAUGCCAAGGGACCCUGUUAGAGACAAACUUGUCAAUCAGAGGCUUAUCAGUUUGGCUUAUGGUAUGAUUGGUAUGAUUCAGGCCGCCGCUGGUUUUUUCACAUACUUUGUUAUUCUUGGCGAGUGUGGAUUCCGCCCAAGCAUGCUCGUUGGAUUGCGAAAAGCUUGGGAUGACAAAAACAACAAUGCAGUCGUUGACAGCUAUGGAUCUGAAUGGACUUUCCAUCAACGUAAAGAAUUGGAGUUGACAUGCCACACUGCCUUCUUCGUAACUAUUGUCGUUGUGCAAUGGGCCGAUUUGAUUAUUAGCAAGACCAGACGACUCUCAAUCUUCCAUCAAGGAAUGACAAACUGGAUGUUGAAUUUUGGUAUAUUCUUUGAGACAAUGCUUGCUGCUUUCUUGUCAUACACGCCUGGUGUCCAACUUGCACUUAGAUUGAGACCGCUAAAUGCUUCCUGGUGGUUCCCUGGAUUCCCAUUCUCACUUCUCAUCUGGAUUUAUGACGAACUUCGAAGAUAUUUCAUCCGUCGUUAUCCUCACGGCUGGGUCGAGAGAGAAACAUAUUAUUAAGUGCUCAUCAACCGUUAUCCUUGGAACUGUAUAGAGGAUGUUACAGACCUAAGUAAAUUGAUAGGAUGUUCUCGUGUGCUUAAUCUUAAAUCUGAUUUUCUAACUAGAUCAAGUUGACUAUAAUUUAUGAAAACAGACAUUCCUCUUCAUUUAUUAAAGUCCUUUACUUUUUUUAUGAUAAGGCCCUUACUUUCGUCUUAUUCGAGUUUCAUGUUUAGCCAAAGUUUUUAAUUCUUUGAUUCGCAGGCCAUUUUCGUCAUGAAUCAUGCUAGUAUUUGUACAGAAGUUGUUUGCAUAAUGUUACCUAACCUCACUGAAUUUUCCUAGUUAGUAAAUUUUCACCAAUCGAAUUCCGAUCUUCAGUAGUAUUUCUCGGCAUGAGAAUCUGAACUUCGAAAUAUUUAAUUGCCAUGUUGUUCAUCUUUGUUCCUCGAGUGAUUUUAAAAUCGAAUUUGUUAAUUUGUUAUAUUUUCAUCUUGGUUUAACUACGAAUUUUAUCAUGUAGAUGGAUUUCUUAAGACUGCAAUAAUGUGUAUGUUUUCGCUUGCAUCCAAAACCGUAUAACAGUUGUUUUGUCAUUCGUCAAGGGCUGCAUGCUGAAGGUUGUCACGAGGGCUCCUCAGCGCUCGUCAACAUAAUCCUGUGGUAGCGCGAAAGAUUGUCAGAACUGUCACAUUUCCUGUCGUCCAAUCGAUGCUUUAACCUUUUUUUCCUGGGCAAGUCUACUUAAAAGAACCAACACCGGUGGUGUGUACCCAUUUUCGCCCCAUAUCUCUUUUGUCCCCUUAUCUGUUGCCCCUCGCAGCCCUGAUUUUUAAUGCAACCGCACUCGCUCGGUUUAACCCAAAUUGUUAUCACGCCUCUAAAAGAGUUUCUGAUUUUCCCAUUUAGGCAUCCAUGAAAGAGCACGGAAUGCUUUAGCACGCUAGGAUUUAAUAAUAGAAUAAUUCACGAACCAAUUCUAGUUCGGCUUUUCCUUAGAAUUUAAUCAAAAAGCUGCUCAGUUACCGAGAACAUUUAUGCUUUUAUUUUGACAAUUAGUAAACCCCCGUUGGAGUAGUGUCCCAAAUCGGUUAUAUUCAGUAGGAGGGUUGUUCUUUCGCACACAAUUAUGAGGAACACAUCUACUACGCACACAAUUAUGAGGAAAUGUUUCAUGAUCUCGUUUUAAUUUAAAUACUUCGUUGUUACGUUAAGAGUACUAAGUUUCCAGUGUGACAAUUAUGAGAAUGAGAGGAUAGGUUUGUUGAUGACACUAAAUAUUACACUGUUGUUGGAAA